AUCAACUUCCGCCCAACCUCCCGCCUUGGCCCCUCUCCCCCGCGAAGCGCACCCGCUGGUCCCUGGGGCAGGUCGUGGUCGCGGUGGACGCUGCCCCCAUCCUGAGAGGAUUUGAAAAUGUACAGCCAGCGGUUUGGCGUUGUACCUCGGGAGAUUAAGGGCCCCACCCCCAGAGUAGUGCUCGUGAGAGCCAAGCCACCCAGACGCCAAGGGCUUGACCGACGUCUGGAGAAAAUUCGACAGAGCCAUGCAGAGCAUCAGGCAGUCCUCACUUCCCUGAAGACAACUGAGCAGAACUGCUUGAAAGCUGAGUGGAACCAUCACAAUGACCGCAAGGUUUUCAACAGCCAUGUGCGGGCCAGAAUCAAGGAUGCCAUGCAAGAGUGUGUUGUCAACACGGAAGCACGGCGGAAUAAGCUCCGAGAACUUCUGGCCUGUGAAGAGAAUGCAUAUGCGAUGGAAAUGCAAUCGAAAGAGGAAACCCUCGAGGUGAAAACAGAGAGAAUGAGAGAGCAAACCAGACUGUUGAAAGAGCAGAAAGAGAAAGAGAAAGAGAAGUUUGUGGCUGAGAAGCUUGACCAGCAGUUCAGGGAGAGCUGCGAAGAGCUCCGCCUGCAGUUGCUCAGUCGCCACCAGAAGAAGGUGUGUGAGGAGCGGCAAGCGCAGGUGGCUUUUAACCAGGAGAGGCGGCGGCGGGAGCUGCGGGAGGAGCAGAUGUUCGCCAGGCUCUGGGAGGAGGACCGGCUGGCCAAGGAGCAGCGCGCGGCGCAGGAGGCGCAGCGGCAGAGGGAGCGGGUGGACAGCACGCGCCUGGGGCUCCACGCGCAGAUCAGCGCCCUGCAGGCGCGGCGGCAGGCGGAGCGGCGGCUCCAGGAGGAGGAGGCGCGCCAAGUGGAAAUCGAUACUGCGGAGGCGAAACUUGAGAAUGAGCAGGAGAAACUAAAGAAACUGGAGUCAAGGCGGGAGAUAAGGAACUUUCUGCAGAAAGCCGUGCAGGAGAAGGUGGGCCAUAUUCAGCAGGAGGAGAGAGCAGAGCAGGACUUGAACAUGAAGCUCAUGCAAAGGGCCCUUCAAGACUUACAGGGAGAGGUUGAGAAAAAGAAGCAAAAGAAGAAAGAGAUGAUAAGAGAGCAGAAGAUGUACAAGGAGUAUUUGGCACAGCGACGUGAGGAAGAGAAAGCUCAAGAGAAAGCACUGGACCGAAUGGUAGAGGAAGAGAAAGCAAAGAAGUUGGUGGAGAGGGACAAGGAGCUGAAACUCGAAAAGGAAGCCAGGCAACAACUUGCGAACGAGGUCAUGUGUACGAGAAAACUCCAAGUUCAAGAGAAAUUGCAACGGCAAGAGAAGGAGCAGGAGGAGCGGGCCCUGGAGCUGGAGCGCAUCAAGGAGGGCCUCCGAGAGCUGAACCGGGAAGACCAAGAGAAUUUUGCCAGGCGCUGCUGUUUAGCCCAGGAGUACAGGGAGCAGCUGCGGAUGCAGAUGGAGGCCCAGCAGCAGGCCCGGGAAGCCCAGAAGGAAGAGGAGCGCCGAGAGUUUGAAGCAGGCGUCGAGGCCAACCAGGCGUGCAAGGCCAAGAUCCAGGAGCUCCUGACCAGCCAGCCAGCGGCACCCGCGAACGUUCACCCCAUGCGCAGAAGGUGCCCUGCUAAGCUUCCUCCAUAGCCGCUCCUUGCUCCCCGCGCGAGCAGGGCGCGCUCCGACUGGUCCCCGUGAGCUGCGACCUCUCCCUCCACGUGCGCCUCUGGACCCAGGCCAA